AUGGGCACGGACGCCGACCUCCACCUCUCCGACGUGCAUCUCCGGGCUGACUGCAGCGACGCUGGUUGCGAUUUGCCGUGUGAGACCGUGUUUCCUUUUGCAGAGGCUGCGGACGCGGCCUCCUCCUCCGACGACGCCCACGAGCCAACUGCGGCCGUCGACGAGGAUGGAGACCUCUUGUGCGCUCGCCGCAAGCGUCGAAAGCUGGCGACGCCUGGUCGCGGGCGGCUCCGGAUCUGCCACGCGCUGGCCACCCCGCUUUCUGACGUGGGGCUGCAGGUCUGGCGCGGCGCGCUGCUGCUGUGCGACCACCUGUUUGCGCGUGAGAGCGCGCAGCUGCUCGACGGCGCGGUCGUGCUCGACCUCGGCGCGGGCUGCGGUCUCACCUCGGCCGCCGCUUGCCUCGCGGGAGCACGGGCCGUCUUUUGCACGGAUGCCCACACCGCAUCUCUGCGCAACUCGGCCAACAACGCAGACGCGAAUGGCGUGGGAGGACUCGUCCGAGUGCGCCGGCUCGACUGGAGCGCGGUGGAUGUUUGGCCUUCGCCGUCAGAGGGCGAGUUCGGGUGGAGCUCCUCCGACCUGCAGGCGCUGCGUGGCGCGACGGUGCUGCUCGCCGCGGACUGCGUCUACGACGACGGGAUGACGUCGGCGCUCGUGGCGCUGAUGUCGCGCGUGCUGCCGGCGCUCGGGCCCUCGGCCGUCGCCUUCGUCUCACUCGAGCGACGCGUCAACUUUUGCCUGGAGGGCAUGUGCGCGCGCGCGCCUGCCGCCGAGCACUUCCACCGCGAGCUCGAGGCGCAGCGCGGCCUGCUCGUGGGGAGCCUCGUGGCGCCAGACGGAGUGCCGCAGCGGUUCGAGUACGAGCGCGCCCCCACUCUGGAGCUGUGGAGAGUGCGGGCCGCCUGCGCCUCUGCGGAGCAGGGCGCCAGCGAGAGACGCGUGAGAAGUGAGAACUCUGCAGAGCCGGUCUCGGGCGACAUCCUCGUCAGGGGCGCCUCGUCUCUGACUCCGCGUUCAUAA